AACCAAAUUCGACGCCAAACUCCAUCCUUUUUUUACCGAGAUGUUGGAACCAAGAUAUAUGAUCUACAUCCGUUUCCCUGUCUUUCGGUUGGCUUGUAAUGACUUAUUCAUCAUGGGUAGAACAAAUAUGGGGUGUAUACUUUCUUAUUUUCUUGAUCAACUUAUCUAAUCCUUAACCAUGUAAUUAACUCUGUUUGAACUUUGAACAUAUGAUAUUCACAUUAUGUUGUCAUUUUCUCGUAAUACUGCUUGAAUGAUUGUUCAAUCCACCAAAAGUUCAAUAUAAUAUUUACUGUUGCCGAUGUGGAUACUUGAUAGGAAUGAUUUUAGAACGUGCUACAAGCUGUUUGUAACCAAGUCCAUCAUUUUAGAAACUAGGUAAUCAUUCGUCUUUUGAGCUGUAUUUUCUCUACUUCGAUCUGCAUACUUUUAUUAUCGUAGUUUUUCACUUAUAUAAUUUGUCAUCCAUCUCGUUGGGUGGAAUAUGACAUAUUUUGGUUUUAAUGGCAGUGGAUUAUUUUGUAUCUUGUUUUUGUUUGGGCAUAAUAUUUGUGUAAUGAAAUGUGCGAAUGUUCACUUAUGGCCGUCAAUUAUGAUCAUUUCCUUCAUCAGAUGUGAGCUUUAUACCCCGUUCCUCCUUCUCCUAGUUGGGCAUUUGGAUUGACCUGGGGAGUUUGGUCUGCAUUUUAUUUUGGAUUGGAUAUUAGGAUGGAUGAGGUCACACAAGCUGUUGAAAAUCUGAAAAAGGAUUGGAGCCAUGUAGUUACGCAACUUGAGGUGUGCAUUGCUGCAAUUGAGUCAUGUGGGAAGAUGGGAAAAGGGACAGAGGAAGCAAAUUCUCUUCCUAGGUUGAAUGGUUCUGCGCAGGAUGCACUGCAAUUACUCAAUGCACAACAGUGCAGGCUUGAUCUUCUAGCAGAGCAGCUACCCAGUUUUGAAGAAGUGCAGUCUGGCCAGGCAACCUUAGCGUCAUGGAAGGAACAAUAUCAAAAGCUGCGGACGAGCCUCAGGAGUGCUAACUUACAAGCGAAAGAGAACAUUAAGAAAGCUGCGGAAGAAGAGAGGAAGCUGCUUCUGGGAGGAGGAGAAGAGUCCACCAUCCGGAGACGCAAUCUCCAGACAAAAGCCGGGAUGACAUCCGCUGCAGAAAGUAUUACUGAGAGCCUACGCCGAUCUCGGCAAAUGAUGGUUCAGGAAGUGGAAAGAAGUGCUAAUACCUUGUCAACCUUUGAUGAAUCAACAAGUGUGCUUCGGCAAGCUGAAGGCGAAUAUCAAGGACACCGCUCUUUGCUGAUGCGUACCCGUGGUUUGCUCUCCACGAUGCAACGACAAGAUGUUCUUGAUAGGAUCAUCCUGACUAUUGGGUUCCUCAUUUUCUCCUUGGCGGUCCUUUAUGUCGUCUCAAGACGUAUUGGUCUGCUGACACUGCAAAGGAAGCUGGCCGAUGCCAUCAGAUCAGGCUCAAUAUCAGCCGAAGACAUCGUGGCUAAGGUGCACCAUGGACCCGCCCCAGCGAAUGCUCCUCCUAGUGUUCCUCCUGUUUAUGAUGAACUGUGAUUGACUUCCAUGCAUUGUUUAUACAUCAAGAACAAGCAAGUUACCUUUGAUAUUCUUUGUACAUGUUGUCUAGAUGUUGUAUGAAGAAGCUGUACCGGUGCACCGACCUGCUGUCAGACUUAAGUUGAACACCCCAGUUCUGUUCA